CGGACUAUAUAAGACCUGACGGCGAGUACCAGUCAUCAGUAUCUCCCUACUCGAACCAACAUGAAGUUUUUGAUCAUCGCCGCUGUAGCCGCUGUGGCCGUCGCCGCCCCUCAGUACAGCUACGGCCCUCCUCCCAAUGACUCAAGCGAAGAGGUUGAGGUAGUGCCUAUCCUGAGGGACGACCGUGUCCAUGAAGAAGAUGGCAGGUACAACCUCCACGUGGAGACUGGCAACGGCAUCGUCCUGUCCCAGUCUGGCUCUCCCGACGGUCCUGAUGGAGCUGUGGUUAAAACUGGAGAAUACUCCUACACUGCUCCUGACGGCACUCCCGUCGUUGUGAAGUUCGUCGCCGACGAAAACGGCUACCAGCCCCAGUCUGACUUGCUGCCAGUGGCACCCGCCUUCCCCCACCCAAUCCCUCAGUUCGUGCUGGACCAGAUCGCUUUCGCUGCUGAGGAGGACGCUGCCCGCGCCCGCUCUGUUUCCUCAGAGGAAGUCAGCGCCCCUGCCCGGUACUACGGCUCCCCUCAGUAAAUGAUAUACUAUGUGCAUUUCAGGAUUUAUUUAUUACAUACAUAUUUGAUCAAAAUAAAUAUAUUACACUGAAA